CAAGGACCGUCAGAAACUUCUACCACUGUUUGGUUCAGGUCAUGACUCCAAGAAAAAGAAAAAAAGAGAGAAAUUAAAACAAAGAGGACCAGAGAGAAAAAAUGGACCGUUGUAGAGAGAUUCCCGUGACCAUUGCAAUGUCUUCGGACCUGGUGUUUGUGAUGGAUCAGCAGAGCGACUCAGUGAGACCUGGUCCUCUCUUCUCCUUCAUCAGGGCUCUGAAAGCAGUGAAUGGUCACUUGUUACAGUAUUACCCAAAGAGUGAAGAGCUUUUUAAAGUCCUUCUUAUUGGUGACAACUCAUCAGGCUCAUUAACAUCUACCAUCAGAGAUAACGAACUGGAAAGACUCAUCACUCCUUUGUCUGUCAGUGAAGAAAAUCUUCUCAGAGAACUAAAGAGAAACGGUACCCAGCUGUACCUGUCUACUGAAAACUCCAAGGUUCAAGAUGCACUGAGUAAAGGUAUAGCUGCUGCUGUUGUUCAGAUCCCAGAGCAGAUGGAGGAAGUGUCAGAGACUGAGCUGCGAGUGGCCUUCGAUGGUGAUGCGGUCAUCUUCUCCAAUGAGUCAGAGCUUGUUUUCAAGGGUGGUCUUGCGGGCUUCCUUGAACACGAGAGGAAACGUGUUGAAGAUCCAAUGCAUCAGGGGCCAUUGACGGGGUUCCUGAAGUCUUUAGAGAGACUAAAGAAGAAGUUACGUGAUAAAGACCUAAAAAACAACAUGAUCCGUACCUACCUGGUGACAUCUCGUGGUGCAGGCUGUGAUGGGUACAGAGCCCUGAACACUCUGCACAGAUGGGACCUGGAGAUGGACGAGGCUGUGUUUCUAGGGGGAACUGGGAAAGGUCCCACACUGCAGAGAAUCAGGCCACAUAUUUUCUUCGAUGAUCAGGAGAGGCAUGUUAGGGCUGCAUUAGAAGUUGGCACACUGGCAUGUCACGUGCUUAAUAACUGAAACUAACCACAAAGCAAUGCAUGUUUAAAAAGGUUACAACUAGUGAGUACAAAUCACUGAGGAGUGCCAGUUGCCUGAGGGUUUUUUUUGUUUGUUUAUUUUUCCCCGUAAAUUCUUCUUUGAAAUUCAUACAUACUUACACAUCUCUUUGAAUCAUUUUAAUCAAUGUUUGCUAAGUUUAACUUGGUAACCAUAAAAAUUAGUAACUGUAAAUUUUCCUUUUUAAAAAAACAUAUGAUUAAUGUGUAAUUUUUCUAUUAAAUAAAAAGAAUUGGCUAUUCUGCUGAUAAAAAACUGAAAUCUUCAAAAAUCUUCUGACAAUUAAACGUAACAUUGAAAAACAAGAGAAUAAACUGCAUGAAACAAAGUUGUCCUUUAACAGAGUGAACAUAGAGUGAACUUUGCUGUUUACAAGACAAACUAAAAAUAAAUGGUGGUUCUUAGCAUUAGAGUGCAUCCACAGACUUUGUUUUUAUUUACAUAUUUACAUAUGAUGCUGGUGUCACGUCAUUGUGCUGAAAAACUUGAAAAUUGACAUUCUGCAGGAUCAUGCACUACUGAACACACACCACGCCCAAGAAUAUUUAUGAUCUUAUGACCUCAAAGCAAUUGAAAGUUAACUUCCAAACAACUCCAAAGUGUCUUU